AUGCCAAGCAAGAAAAACAAAAAGAAAGCCCGCCGCAACACCGCUCGACAGCAGAAGAACGACACAACGGAUGCACAAGAUGAACCACCAGUCAAUAAGCCAGUCGAUGGCAACGACCUGGAUAAAGAGGAAGACGAAGACAUGGAUGACCCAUCCCCAACACCACCGCUAGUACCGGAGAACAGACCUGAAGUCGGCGAUUGGGUAAUAGAUAUCAUUCGCAAAUUCACCAAAGACCGUGGCGAUGAUGUGAUGAAUAAGCUGUUCUUGACAGAUGAACCUAGUUUCAAGGAC